UGGUGAUCGUGACUUUCAGCACGUGCCCAAAAAUAAAAUAAAAUAAAUACGACUAAAUAAUUAUUUAAUAUACGAUGAGCGGAUGAUUAAAAAUUAGGCUGGGUUUAUGCAGCAUGAUUAGAUUUGUGACAUCUGAAAUAUUUUUCAGCCAAAAUCUGAAACUUGCAAAUAAUAAUCUCAAACAUUUUCUUGAUAGGCAUUGUUACUGAUUCGAUGGAUAGUGCGUUGACCCUGAUUAUAAAAACGACAUUAUUGUCCAUUGUAGAAUUCGUAACAAUUGUAUAGUUUAUUCAUAGUUUUAUUUCUUUGUUUUAUCACUAUAUCCUCAUAAUAAUGCAAAAUCCAUUUCUAAUAUCUAACAAUAUUACCCCUACUACUCCACCUCCUGAACUGAGGAAUGGUUGGAAAAGUAAAUUUCUUAAGACUGCAAAAAGUCAUAUUCGUCAUAAUCAUUCUCCCCCUUAUUCUCCUCCAUUUCCGGCUCCUAUUCCUAUGGAAGAUACUUCCCCUCGUACAACUCCAAUCUCAACUCCUGCAAUUCAUACUCAUACUCAUACUCAUACUCAUAUUAAAACCAAUUCUGCCACAUCCUCUCCUGCAUCUUCGGUCACAUCGGUGAUAACUAGUCCCUUUGAAACACCUCAACCAUCUUCAUUCUCAACCUCUCACAACAAUCAUUCAUAUUCACAUACACCACCCACCGAUCCAGAAUUUUCAGGUAAAAAUGGUGAAAACUCAACUCCUAAAUCUAAAGCAUUUUUUGCACCUAAAGUUAAACCAUAUAUUAUUAGUCAACAAACCUCAAAUAAUUCGAGUAUUUCAAGAGGUAAUGAAGUAUGUACAAUUUGUGAAGAACUGAUUCAAUCGAGAUUGGAAUUUGAAAAGACUUUAACAUUAAGUUGUGGUGAUAUGAUCCACGAAGAAUGCUUUCAAGUGACUUUAGAAUGUGAAGUGGAACGUCUAAUGUCUAAGAACAUCCUUAAUUCGAAUAGUACAGUCACUGAUGUGGAACACAAUAUCAUGUUUCAAUAUUGUAAAGGUCCUAAUUGUAUGAAAAAGGGAACUAAAAAGCAAAUAAUCCUUCAAGACAAACAAUUGUAUCAUCAUAAUAUACAUAAAUGUUUAACCAAUUACAGAUCUAAACAUGUCAAGAUUCAAAGUCCUAAUGUUAAGGCACUUAGUUCUACUUUAAGAGGGUCGAAAAUUCAAGCCAAAGACUUUUCAAAUCCCAAUGCAAUUCAUAGUCCUAUACCAAUCAGAGCUAAAGAUGCCCCUGGAAGAUAUUCUAUCUUCAAUACAAUCUCAUCUCCACCUAAAUCAUUCGCAACUCAAGUUUAUCCACCUCAACCACAACCACUAUCUAGAUCUCCAUCUCCAAAUCCAAGCAUAGCCACUAUAGAUACUUCAAUUGCCAUACAAAAUCAUAAAUCAGUUCAAUUGGACGAUUUAAGAAACCAUUUCAUAAAAUAUUUACUAGAAUCAUACCCAAAUUUUAAUUUAUCUAGUCUCAUAACUUUUGGAUCAUUAAGAUUGGUUGAUAAAUUAAGAGUAGCAAUAGAUCCACCAUCGUCAUCUAAUGUUAAUAAUUUCCAAGUUAAAACCGUCUACCUUUUCCAGAAUGUUAUACUAAUAUGGUCACAAAAUUCUCCUUCUUUAUAUUUUACUCUUGAUAAUAUUCAUAUUCAAACUCCACAACCUUCAAUUCUCAAAAUUAGUUUAAAAGAUUCCGAGAUAUACUUAAGUUCAGAUAUUGGUGCAAUCAUUGAAAAAUGGGUCAUAGGAAUGUCGGACUUAAAGUUUUCAUUCCCACCUGAGAUAUUAACUUCAACCAUCCCUAUGCCAUCCAAGACAUUGGAUCCUAAAAUGAUUAGCAAUAAGAUAAAGGAGCCUAUGCAUCAUCAUACCAUUAAAGAAAUUGACAAUGUCAAUGACAAUGACAAUGAUAAAGAUAAUGAUCUCGAUUUCGAUUCUGAUGAUGAACUAAUUAAAGCUGAGCUCAAUAGGAAAUCAUCGAUCAUGAAUAAUUCCAGAAUAGAUAGCAUAUUCCAAAAGUCCACCAUAAACGAUGAAUAUGAUUCGGAUGAAGAUUCCGAUCAAGAAGUCAUUGAUAAAUAUAAACCUAAAGAUGACAAUGCCUGGAAUGAAAUUAUAUCUCAUAUCGAUAAUGCUAUAUCCACCAACUUUUAUUAAUAUGUAUUAUUAUAUAUAGACAUUUUA